GCCCAUAAAGGGAUUACAAAGUAAUGAUAUUUGGCCCACCUUUACUUGAUAGUAUUUUCAAUAUUUUCUGUCUGUGUUGUUGCGCGGUCAAAGAAAGACAGAGUUUCCGUUUCAGUCUAUCUUAGUUUUUAAAGGCGAAAUGGCAGAAGAAUUAAAACAACCUACUCCUCGAGAGUUUUUGACUGAGUUUAUUGAACUUUAUAGAAGUCAUACGUGUUUGUGGCUCGUUAAGAGCAAAGAUUACUCCGACAGAAAUAAAAGAGAUAUUGCAUAUGCUGAGCUCGUAAAAAAAUUCCAGGAGUUUGAUUCAUCGGCAGACCGAAAUAUCGUUAUCAAAAAAAUUAGUGCAUUACGUACGGUGUAUAAGAGAGAACUGUCAAAAGUUGUCAAAUCGGAAAAAUCCGGGACGGGCCAGGAUGAUGUGUAUAAACCUAGUUUGUGGUACUUCGACCUUCUGCAUUUUCUGAGAGACCAGGAAUCUGCAAGACCUAGUAGGAGUACCAUGAGUGAUGGCAAUCCAGAAACAGAACAGUAUGAGGAUUCAGAACAUAUGCAUCUACCCCAUUCCCAAGAAGGAGAGGUGGCUCUUCCAAUGUCAGGUGAUGAUAGAUGUAGCACGUCACCAUCACCAAACGCUAAGUCUAAAAAAAAAAAGAUGCUGAGUUCGGCAGAUGAGGUGAUAGAGCUAGCGGGAGAGCGGCUAAAAAAUAUUCAUCCUGAUGAUGAGUUCGAAGCCUACGGAAAGUAUGUAGCCCAUAAGCUACGUUCCCUUAAACGAACCCAGGCCAUAUUCGCGAGAAAACUCAUAAAUGACGUGAUUUUUGAGGGGGAGCUUGAAACACUCUCCAAAGAUUAUAAAGUAAUGAACAGUCAGCCAUAUAACCCCCAACUUUACCACCAACAACCCUACCCCCUACCCUACAUCUCGGGAAUGCCAGACCAUCCUUGGCCUUUCAGUUCCAGUAACAAUAUUUUACAGCAUCCAAACUCUGCCACACUUCCCUACCCCCAAACUUUCAACCGUGAUACACCCGAUGUAUCCAACAUGGCACUGCCUAACGAUCCAACAAACUCUGCCACACUUCCCUAUCCCCAAACUUUCAACCGUGAUACACCCGAUGUAUCCAACAUGGCACUGCCUAACGAUCCAACAAACUCUCCCACACUUCCCUACCCCCAAACUUUCAACCGUGAUACACCCGAUGUAUCCAACAUGGCACUGCCUAACGAUCCAACAAACAGUCCAAAACAACCCUGACCCCUGAACAACCAAUAUAAAUUUCGACUAAUCAAUUGAUAACAAUGUUUCAAGCUUCUUUUCAAAGUUAUCGGUGUAGUAGGACAUUAUUUUUCAUAUUCGAUGAUUUACUACUUUGUUCUAUGAUUAUUGACUUUAUAUUGUAUCUUUAUGUUAUCUUUUAUUACGUUAUGUACUUUUUUAUGUUUUACGAUUAUUAGUUUUAUAGUAGGGGAGGAAAGUAGGCUAAAUUUGCAGUUACUCGAGCGUUAUGGGGAACUACUGCGUUGUGAAGAUUAGGUCAUAAAACCAAAUAAAGUUAAGUAAAAUUUGUCAUUUAAGUGGGGACUUUCCAUUUUAAUUUAAGUUUCCAUUUCCAACAAUCAUUUUUUCCGUUUACAGCGCCAUCUAUGCAUAAUUUGAAAAAAUGUUUCGAAUAAAAUUACUUAUUUUUACGCCAGGAAUCCAAAUCUGCAAUAUAAAAUGGGGGCUCCAAUUUAAUAUUUUAAAGUAACCCCCCACCCCACCUCCGUGGGGGGUCAUGUUUAGUGUCAUUCGAUAGAUUUUUCAAAAAUAAUGAAUACGUGUAUUUUGCAGUUUUUCGGUCUGAUGUUUAUUUCGCGAAAUAUCGCGGGGUUCCUAUUUGAAAUUUUAAAUUGACCCCCACCCCUCUCCGUGGGGGUCGUGUUUAGUAUUAUUCGAUAAAUACUUAAAAAAUAUUGAACACGAUUUUUUAGUUGUUCGAUCUGACGUUUAUUUCUCGAAAUAUUCGCAUUUAUCUUGUGAAAUUUUGUGACUCGCCCAUAUCCUUACGCCCCGCUCAAACUGGAUUUUUGGAUUUUUGAAAUAUACACUGUUCUGCAUGUACUUAACUUACCUUAUCUUAAUCUGACGAUUUCGAGUUUUUCUAAGGAUAGAUUUUUUUUCGGACCCCCGUUAACGAACUCCUCUGUAUUAAAAUCCAAUAUAUGGUAGGGGUACAUUUACAAGGUACAAGGUUUCUCCCUAUGUUA